CAGCCCAAGGUGAUGGUCUCCCCCAUGCAGUCGGGGUCUCUGCCCCAAACGGACAGACUGGUUUGCUACGUGACGGGGUUUUACCCUCCGGAGAUCGAGGUGAAGUGGUUCAAGAAUGGGCAGGAGGAGACGAAGCGCGUGGUGGCCACGGACGUGAUGCAGAACGGAGACUGGACCUACCAAGUGCUGGUGAUCCUGGAGACCACCCCGCAGUCCGGGGACACCUACACGUGCCACGUGGAGCACGUCAGCCUGCAGCACCCGCUCACGCAGGACUGGG